GAGGCAUGUUUAUCAAGGAAUCAGUUCCUGCUGCGUGUCAGGAUUGUUGUUUGUUUGGUGACAUGUGUAUUUUCCGUGUGUUACAGAUCGAAACAUCUACCGUGGUGCAUUGAGCUGCACAGUGCAAAUCAAAGUCGUUCUAAGCCGACCGUAUCAUCAAUCGAGGAGAUAGCGGCCUUUGAGCCGAAUGAUAUCAUGGGUGAGUGUUAUAAGAUAUCCAGUAUAAUUACCGAUGUUUUCAUAACCAAGGGUUGGUAUUAUAUAAGCUGCAAAGAAUAUUGGAAAAUGGUUACUUUAGAGGAUGGAGUAUACAAAUGUCCUUGGUGUCCCACUGUUAUACAUCUGCCCAGGUAUAGGCUCAUUGUUGGAGCAGUUGACACUGGUUCUACAGAUCCUCUCGCUGCCAAAUUUACGGACCUUUAUUUGUUUGGGCCUCGUGAGGAAACGGUCGUCCAAAAAGAGGAUCUUCAUUUGUUUGGACCUCCUGAGGAAACUGUCGUCCGAAAAGAGGCGUUGCUGCUUGUGUCAAGUGUACAAAUUGUUGAGCCGAUUGUCCAUGCCAAUGUUGUCUUGCGAGAGGGAGUGAAUUGUUCAGCUGUAGGUCAGGACAAUGUUGGCAUCCCUGCUCCUGAAACCCCAAAGCAUGUUCCAGAUCCUGCUGAGACAUCAACUCUGCCACUGUUCAUGGAUCUCACGCCACAGACUGCACGCAACAUAUUCAGCUUCCGUUAUUGAUGAGACUGCCUCCGAUUCCAUUGGGAGAAUGAAGCGCAACAAUCCCGGUGAUGGCGAGCACCCAGGUCGAAGAAAGGGUUACAUUUUUCGGAUGCUGAUGACUAGGUUCCUGGGCACGUGUUUGUGAGCUUAACGUGAAGAGCAUGGUGGUUCUAUUGUCAGCGAUUUUUUUUAUGCUGGUGUUUUUACUGUCUACAAGCUACUAUUUGGCUGGUGUAUGCAACAAGGUUGCUUCGCUAUGGCCCCCGGUUCUGUUGUUCAAGGCUCAUAUGUUUGGGCCCCGAGUCCUCUUCUAUCUUUAUACAUCUUGGGACAGUCUGACUGUUUAGACUAUGUCUUUUUCAUUCUACUUUUAGACUAUGGCUAUUAAGAUGUACUCUAUACUAAACUGGAUGCAACUAACUCUCCGCAAUAUCUUAUCUCGGCUAAACUGUCAUGUGGACUAUGUAAUGGGACAUGAAUAAAAUUAGCGCGCUCUUUUGUUUUCCUGCUGUA